AUUAACAGGGAAACGUGUUUUCAGUCAGUUAAUGCUAGCUCGCUGUAGAGAAUAGUAAGGAGAAUAACUACGUUAAUUAGCUAGAUAUUUCUUGAGAUGGUUCGGUGACUAACUUGCGUUGAUUUCUACAGAGAAGUUUGGAAAUGGCACAGUUAUCAGCGAGGGGAGGUUUCCUGGAUUUUAGUCCCAUCAAGAAAGAAGAUUCAUCUGCUGUUUCUUAUGGCAAUAAAGAAAACAAUAGCUCGCACCCAGUUUUGAGUUUAAUUCAGUUUUCAAGGGCUCCGUUUGUAACAUUUGGAAAUGUAAAGUUGGGAUCUUCCAAAUCAUCAGUUCUUUGCAUUGAGAAUCCCGUUGAAGAUGCAAACAUAGAGGUGGCAAUUGAUAAGAUUGCAUCGACGAAAGGCUUUUCCGUGGAUCAAACCCGAUUUACAAUUCAGCCUGAGGAACGUGUCAAUUUGACAAUAACAUGGACACCGAUAGAGGAAGGUGGUAUUCGAGAGCUGAUCACUUUCAUUGCCAAUGGGGUGGUCAAACACCAAGCUAUUUUGCUCGGUAGAGCAGACGCACCUAAAAGGAGAAAGAAGAGUCUGUGGGACUCAAUCAAAAGCAAGAAGCCAUUUGAUCUAUCAGACCCUCCAAGGGGGAAGAAAAACUCAGUGUCUUCCCUGAAGAUGGCAGCCAACAAGACCUUCCAUGUGUCCCGGACACCACAGUACAGGCGGGAGAAGGUUCGCAGCCCGCUUGCCUCACUCAACAAAAAAGCCUGCACACCUGUCGAAGGGCAGAAGUUUAAGCAGGAUGUGUUGGGUCAGUUUAGUUUCGACAAUGUCCAAAAGAACUCGCCUGUCGUCUUUCUAGUCCCCGCUGCAAAGCUAAUCGAUUCCUCUGAUGCAGCAGCCAGCAACAGUUUCCCAGUAGGCACACCGGAGUGCCGAGACCUCACCAGACUACUGAACACGACUGUGUCCCCUGUAGGCACUCCAGAGAGGAUUCAAAAGCUGAUGCCCCAUAUUCAGUCUAUACAGAGCCCAGCCCCUGUGAUUGAUGACACUGUUGCGAACAUAAGCCAUACAGUGUUGGCCGGAACACCAGUGUUGUCUGUGAGAGAUGCACUGGCCUUGAUUGAGUCAGAUCUAACUCAUGUGGUUGGUGCAAGCCCUCCAAAUGCGUGCUCUAGCUUUGAUUUCUCCCACUCCUUGGAGUCAGCAAAUGGAGAGAAGAAUUGUGGCCCUGUCAAAUCUGUGAUUGACCUCAAAGCCCUGUCUGAAAGCCCCAUCAAGUCAGAUCCUACACAGCCUAGACUAACCUUCUUCAUCAAACCAAAACGUGUUACUGACAAGGAGGGUGGAGUAGAGGUCGGAGAGGUUGUUCCUCAAUCCAAAAAGGUCACUUUCACCUCCACCACAGUCAUCAAAAGCAAACCAGCCCCUGUCCAGGUACGCAGUCCUGGGGUGAGGAGAAUCAAAACCUCCAGGCGCCGUCUCCUGGAGAAAACACUGGAGCUGUCUGGGGACAGUGGCCAUUCAGAGUCAAGCCCUGGUACUACAGUUACCCCUGGUCUCCCUGUCAUAGAUUCUGAUGCAAACCAUGAUUCUCCAUUAACUAUCUCCCCACGGGAGGCCAGGCUGGAGUCAAUUUCCUAUAGCCCAGUUUGUUUGGAUGAUAACCCUGCUCCAGUCAACCUCUCCCUCAGCUCUCCUCUGCCUAUGAACCCCCCCACCGGUGGCCCCCAGCACCUUGGCCUGGAUGAUUCUAUUCUGGGAGCCACUCAGCUCAACACAGCACCAAUAGUGGAACCUCUACCUGACCGGGCAGGCGUGUUUCCUGUUUACAACCAGAGCCAGUUUGACAUGAGGGUGGUGCGGAGCAAAAAGAGGAAGAGUAAUGAGUUUCUGAGGGAUGGAGGGGAGAAAGUGGAGGAUGCUGUGGAGAAAACGUUCCAUGUGAAAAAGAGUAGGGUGUCAACAGUGGUGAAGGGACCCAACAGACCAGCUCAGCAGAAGGGGUUCAGUGCCUCCUCUCACAGGCAGCAGACAAAAACAUCAGCUUCUGUGUGUACUAGUUCUGCCUCAUCCACGAGGGCUCCAAAGUCUGUGUCCCCUGCCCAAGCCAAGCAGCCAGCUCCAAAACCUGGCCAGCGAGGUGCACAGUCUUUGAAAUCAUUUGGUGGCUCAUCUGUAAAAACUGCAAAGAUUGUAGCUGUGGCCCAGUCCAAGCUCACAUUCACCAAGCCUGGUCAAACAGCCAUACCAAGACACCCGAUGCCGUUCGCUGCAAAGAACAUGUUCUAUGAUGAGCGCUGGAUAGAGAAACAGGAGACUGGGUUUACCUGGUGGAUCAACUACGUCCUCACCCCUGAUGACUUCAAGGUCAACACGGAGGUCACCAAAGUGAAUGCUGUAUCCCUGGCGAUGGGCGGUAAUGACAAGUUUGCCGUCAACAAGGCUCCCACCAAAGAGGAGAUGUCGUUUAGUACCUACACUGCCAGGCGGCGGCUCAACCGGCUGCGGCGCACCGCCUGCCAGCUUUUCACCUCCGAGCCCAUGGUCAAAGCCAUCCAGAGGCUGGAGCUGGAGGUUGAGGCUAGAAGGUUACUGGUACGCAAGGAUCGGCAUCUUUGGAAGGACAUCGGGGAACGGCAAAAGGUGCUCAACUGGCUUCUAUCGUACAAUCCUCUUUGGUUACGGAUUGGACUUGAGACUAUCUACGGGGAGAUGAUCUCACUGGAGAGCAACAGUGACGUCAUGGGCUUAGCCAUGUUCAUUCUGAAACGUCUGCUGUGGAACCCUGACAUCGCUGCAGAGUUCAGACAUGCCAAAGUACCCAACCUCUACAAAGAUGGCCACGAGGGGGCGCUGUCUCGUUUCACUCUGAAGAAGCUUCUCCUCCUGGUGUGCUUCCUGGAUAAAGCCAAAGAGUCCAGGAUAAUCGAACAUGACCCCUGUCUGUUCUGUAUGGAUGCAGAAUUCAAGACUACCAAGGACUUGCUGCUGUCGUUCUCCAGGGACUUCCUGAGUGGAGAGGGGAUCCUCCCCCGUCACCUGGGUUACAUGGGCCUACCGGUCUCCCACGUCCAGACACCUCUGGACGAGUUCAACUUCGCUGUCAAGAAUCUGUCAGUUGACCUUAAGUGUGGAAUCCGUCUAGUGCGUGUGAUGGAGCUGUUCAUCCAGGACUGGAGUCUGUCCCGUAAGCUGAGGAUGCCUGCAAUCAGUCGUCUGCAGAAGGUCCACAACGUUGACAUAGCCCUGCAGGUGCUCCGAGACAGAGGGGUUGACCUCAAGGAUGAGCAUGAUGCUGUCAUUGACUCCAGAGAUAUUGUGGACGGACACAGGGAGAAGACACUGAGCCUGCUGUGGAAGAUCAUUUUUACCUUCCAGGUGGAGGUGCUGCUGGACGAGGACCAGCUGAGAGAAGAGAUCAGUUUCCUCAAACACACCUGGACGACCAAACAGCGGCUGGCCUCACUGAGGGCCGACAAAGGUGUGCUGCAGAAGACUCCCAAGCCUAGACCCCCGUUCGAGCACAGAAGCUCAAAGAUCACUCUACUCAUGGAAUGGGUCAAUGCUGUCUGCCAGUUCUACCACUUGAAGGCAGAGAACUUCACGGUGUCGUUCUCAGACGGUCGUAUCCUCUGCUACCUGAUCCACCACUACCACCCCAGCCACCUACCGGCAGACAGCGUCAGCCACAACACCACACAAACUGUGGAGUGCUCCCAGAGAGGACGAGUUGAACUCAACAGCUCCUCUAGCGACUCAGACAUCUCUUUUGACACCUGGCCCACCACACAAAAUGGCCUAGUGUCGCCAUCGAUGGAGUUCAAAGAGCUUCUGGAGAAUGAGAAGAAUAACUUCAGGCUGGUCAACACUGCAGUGUCUGACCUGGGAGGGGUUCCUGCCAUGAUGAACCCUGCUGACAUGUCAAACACUAUCCCAAAUGAGAAGGUGGUGACAUGUUACUUGUCCUUCCUGUGUGCCCGUCUCCUGGACCUGCGGAAUGAGACCCGUGCUGCCAGGAUCAUUCAGGGAGCUUGGAGAAAGUACCGGCUGAAGAAGGAUCUGAAACUUUACCAGGAAAGGACUGUAGCAGCGGGGAAGAUCCAGGUGCUGGUCAGGCAGUUUCUCCAGAGACGUAGAGCUGUCUGUCAGACCGCUGCAGCCAUCCGCAUCCAGGCUGCAUGGAGGGGCUACUCGGCACGGAACGCCCUGACACUGAGGAGCAAGGCUCUACUCUGGGUGCUCCAGGUUGCUGCUGCUACCACCAUCCAAGCACAAUGGAAGAAGUAUGUUACCUUGAAAAACUACCAGCGCUUGAGAUUGCACAUUGUUAAAGUUCAAGCUCUCUGGCGGAUGAAGAUGGCAGUCACUACCUACAGAAGGACACAGUGGGCUGCAACAGUAAUUCAGAAGCAUGUUAGGGCCUCGACUCUGGCAAGGGAAGAGCGUGAACGUUACUGCUCACUGAGAUCAGCAGCUGUCAAAAUCCAGAGAAACUAUCGGAGACGGAAGACUCUGAGACUGCAGAGGGAAAACCAUGCUGCCACAGUGAUACAAACUGCAUUUAGGAAAUGGCACAGUGACAAAAUGGCCCGAAGGACCGCAGCUGCCCUGAAGAUUCAGUCUUUCUACAGAAUGCGCAGGUGCCUAAAACAGUACAUGAACACCCAGCGGAGCGCCAUCCUCAUUCAGACUUGGUGUAGAGGUCAUGCGCAGAGACGCAACUUUGAGACAUUGAAACUGCAGCAUCACUCUGCCACUGUCAUCCAAAGUGCUUUUAGGGCGAGCACGGUCAGAAAACAGAUGGCGACGAUGAGACAAUCCUCAGUCGUGAUUCAGCGUUGGUUCAGGGCCUCUGUACAAAGAGAUGCAGGGAGGCAACAGUUCCUGAAAAUGAGAUGUGCUGCUGUUACCAUACAGUCCGCUUAUCGUGGACAUACGGCUCGGAGACUAAUGCAACAACAGAAUCAGGCAGCCACAGUCAUCCAGACAGCUUUCAUGAAGUUUGUGGCCAGAAGAAAAUUCUUGUCCUUGAAAAAAUCUGCGAUUGUUGUCCAACAGCGAUUUAGAGCCAAGCUAGUAGGGGAGAAAUCAAGGAAAGCGUAUAUGGCCCUCCAAUAUUCUGCAUUGAGAAUACAAGCUAUCUGGAGAGGUAGGGCAGAGAGGAAGAGGAUUGAAAAACGACAUAAAUGCGCCACACUCAUUCAGUCUUCCUACCGUAGACAUGUGUUGCAGUCACAGUUCAGGUCAAGAAAGAGGGCUGCUUUGGCCAUCCAAAGCCAUUACCGAGCUUAUAGGGUAGGGGAAACAAUUAGAACUGACUAUCUCCGGCUCAAGAAAGCUGCUGUUACUGUACAAGCCAGGUUCCGUGGCAUGAGAGUUAGGCAAGAGCUGAGGCAAAAACACCGGGCCGCCGCUGUCCUUCAGUCAGUAGUGAGAGUUUUUCUCUGUAGAAGACGAUAUGUGUUACUGCAACGUGCCGCAAUAGUCCUCCAGUGUCGGUACCGAGCUCUUGUAGCAGGCAGAAGACAGCAAGCGCAGUACAGCCAGCUGAAAUUGGCCACAGUAAAGCUACAGGCUGCUUACCGGAGAUCCAGAGAGUUAAGGACGAAACACCAAGCUGCUACGGUCAUCCAAGCUCAGUUAAGGAUGCACAAAGUGCGUCAGGCCUAUCUUGCCACAAAGGUGGCGGCCAUCAUCGUACAGCAGCAUUACAGGGCCAAUCGGCUCCGAGAUCUACAGAUGCAGCGGUACACCUCAGUGAAGUCCGCUGUGGUUGUGAUUCAGGCAGUGUAUCGCGGUCACAGAGCAAGAAUGGAGGUUGCUAGGAUGCACCACUCAGCCAUGGUCAUUCAGAGGAGGUUCCUUACUUUCAGGGACAGGAAACGCUUCCUUGCGGUCAAAACUGCUGUUCUACUAUGUCAACAGAGAUGCAGGGAUGUGGCCAUGGUAAGAAAAGACCAGAGGAACUAUCUGUUGAAGCUUAGGGCAGCCACUGCUCUGCAAGCAGCUUUCAAAGGGAUGAAGGUCCGGAAGCAGUUGCAGACUGAAUGCAGAGCGGCCAUACUCAUUCAAUCUCACGUCCGGAAACACCUGCAGAGGGCACACUAUAAGAGGCUUCAGUGGGCUGUGAACACAGUGCAGGCCCGUUACAGAGCCAACAAGAAGAUGAUUGAAGACAGGAAAGCACUGCGCGUAAAGAGGAGUGCUGUUGUCGUGUUACAGGCUGCCUUCCGGGGCAUGCGAUCAAGACGGAGCACUGGAGAGAUGAACAAGGCCGCCAGUGUUCUCCAGAGAAGUUACAGGGCUCACUGCGUACGCCGGCAAUACCUCUCCUUGAGAUCCUCUGUCCUUGCCAUUCAACAAAAAUAUCGUGCUGCUCUUGCAGCGAAACAGCAGGUGCAGCACUACCAACGAAUGCGCUGUGCUGUCAUCCUGCUCCAAGCAGCAUACAGAGGCCAGAGAGACAGAAAGGAGAUCAGUCUUCAACAUCAAGCUGCCACCACGAUCCAGGCUGGCUUCAGAAAGCACAGAGAGGAAGUCAAGUUCCAGGCCAUGAAGUUUGCUGCCAUCAUCAUCCAGAGAUACUUCAGAUCUUACAUUCAAAGGAAACAAGACCGAGACCAGUUCUUGACACUGAAGGAUUCAGCAAUAGUCCUUCAGGCAGCUUUCAGAGGGCGUUGCGUUCGACAAGACGUUGCUAAGAUGAAGAAAGCUGCUUCUGUGAUUCAGGCCAACUUCAGAAUGCACAAGGAGCAGGUCAAGUUCCAUGCCAUGAGACUGUCUGCUGUCAUCAUUCAGAGGUACUACAGAUCUCACAUUCAAAUGAAACAAGACAGAGACAGAUUCAUAAAGCUCAGAGAGUCUGCCAUAGUCCUUCAGGCAGCUUUCAGAGCAUAUCACAUUCGACAACAUGCUGCUAAGAUGCACAGAGCUGCGUCUGUGAUUCAGGCCAACUUCAGAAUGCACAAGGAGCAGGUCAAGUUCCAGGCCAUGAGACUGUCUGCUGUCAUCAUUCAGAGGUACUACAGAUCUCACAUUCAAAUGAAACAAGACAGAGACAGAUUCAUAAAGCUCAGAGAGUCUGCCAUAGUCCUUCAGGCAGCUUUCAGAGCAUAUCACAUUCGACAACAUGCUGCUAAGAUGCACAGAGCUGCGUCUGUGAUUCAGGCCAACUUCAGAAUGCACAAGGAGCAGGUCAAGUUCCAGGCCAUGAGACUGUCUGCUGUCAUCAUUCAGAGGUACUACAGAUCUCACAUUCAAAUGAAACAAGACCGAGACAAAUUCAUAAAGCUCAGAGAGUCUGCUAUAGUCCUUCAGGCAGCUUUCAGAUGGAUGAAGGCCUGGAUGCAGUUUCAGACCAAACGCAGAGCGGCCAUACUCAUUCAAUCGCACGUUCGGAAGCACCUGCAGAGGGCACACUAUAAGAGGCUUCAUUGGGCUGUGAACACAGUGCAAGCCCGUUACAGAGCCAACAAGAAGAUGGUUGAAGACAGGAAAGCACUGCGCGUAAAGAGGAGUGCUGUUGUCGUGUUACAGGCUGCCUUCCGGGGCAUGCGAUCAAGACGGAGCACUGGAGAGAUGAACAAGGCCGCCAGUGUUCUCCAGAGAAGUUACAGGGCUCACUGCGUACGCCGGCAAUACCUCUCCUUGAGAUCCUCUGUCCUUGCCAUUCAACAAAAAUAUCGUGCUGCUCUUGCAGCGAAACAGCAGGUGCAGCACUACCAACGAAUGCGCUGUGCUGUCAUCCUGCUCCAAGCAGCAUACAGAGGCCAGAGAGACAGAAAGGAGAUCAGUCUUCAACAUCAAGCUGCCACCACGAUCCAGGCUGGCUUCAGAAAGCACAGAGAGGAAGUCAAGUUCCAGGCCAUGAAGUUUGCUGCCAUCAUCAUCCAGAGAUACUUCAGAUCUUACAUUCAAAGGAAACAAGACCGAGACAAAUUCAUAAAGCUCAGAGAGUCUGCCAUAGUUCUUCAGGCAGCUUUCAGAGCAUAUCACAUUCGACAACAUGCUGCUAAGAUGCACAGAGCUGCGUCUGUGAUUCAGGCCAACUUCAGAAUGCACAAGGAGCAGGUCAAGUUCCAGGCCAUGAGACUGUCUGCUGUCAUCAUUCAGAGGUCCUACAGAUUUCACAUUCAAAUGAAACAAGACAGAGACAAAUUCAUAAAGCUCAGAGAGUCUGCCAUAGUCCUUCAGGCAGCUUUCAGAGGGUAUCGCGUUCGACAAGACGUUGCUAAGAUGUGCAGAGCUGCUACUGUGAUCCAGGCCAACUUCAGGAUGCACAAGGAGCAGUCUGCUUAUAGGAGGCAGCAUUGGGCAGCCAGUGUUCUUCAGCAAAGAUUCAGAGCUCAGAGACUGAGGAACUCUCAGUUGGAGAACUACCAUCAGAUGAGAAAUGCUGUGAUAAACCUUCAGGCCUUGUAUAGGAGAAAACAGGCAAAGGAGCUGGCAAAACAGAUGAUCGCAGCCAGGAAGAUUCAGUCCGUUCUGAGAAUGAGCAUCAGACGACAACGCUUCUUGAAGGAAAAAGCUGCUGCUCUGUUGAUCCAGUCUGCCUUCAGAAGACAUCAGGCCAGGACACGGUACAACAAAACACAAGCCUCUGCUGUCACGAUCCAAAGAUGGUACAGAUCAUGCUAUGUCCUCAGACGACAAAGGGACGAUUACUUGGCCAUCCGAGAAGCUGCUGUGAAGCUUCAGUCAGCCAUCCGUGGAACGCUGGCAAGAAGGCUGGCCAGACGCAAACGUGCGGCUGUCAAAAUCCAGUCCGUGAUACGCAUGUCCAUCCAACGGAGAAGGUAUCUGACCCUGCGAUCCAGCACGGUAAAGCUGCAGUCUCACUGCCGGGCUUGGGUGGCGAGGAGGAGAUUCCUGAAGCGUUGGACAGCGGCCGCAACUCUCCAAAAGCACUACAGAGGCUGGCAGGCCCAGAGAGAGCAGCGAUGCCUGUACCUAAAGACCCUGACCAGUGUCAAAACGCUGCAGGCCAAAGUGCGUGGACACAUCCAACUCAAGAGGUACCAGAAUCUCAAGAGAAGUGCAGUCACAAUUCAGGCAUUUUACCGUGGAAUGGUGGAGAGGAGACGGUUUCAGCAUCAAAGGGCAUGUGCUGCUAUAAUACAGGAACGUUUUAGGGCCCAUCUCCUCUGCCAAAGAGAGAGGGCAAAGUACCUGGAAAUGAAGAAGUCUGCUGUUCUUAUUCAAGCAGUGUUCCGUGGUGACCAUGCCAGGCAGAUUGCCAAGAAACGGCAGGCGGCUGUCGCCACAGUCCACCGAUGUAUGCAGACCAGGCAUCUAUGCAACAGGUUCCGAGUGAUCCAGCGUAGUGUAAGGGUCAUUCAGUGCAGAUGGAGGGAGACCUUGAAAGCCAGGGAAGAGCGUCACAACUUCCUGGUCAUGAAAGCUGCCGCUGUUACAAUCGAAGCGUCAUGGAGAGGCCAUGCGACCAGGAAUCACCUGCUUAAGGAGCAGAGGGCUGCGGUGCUGGUCCAAUCGUCCUUCCGGGGAUGGGUCCAGAAACAGGCGUACCAGAGACAAAGAGAGGCUGCCCUGGUCCUACAGAGGAGAGUCCGAGCUAUGCAGCAGGCUAAAGCAGAGAGGGUCAAAUACACAUGUUUAAAACGGGCUACCAUCACUGUCCAGGCUCACUGCAGAGGCUGGAUUGCCAGGAGACAGUUGAGAGAAGUGGCCUCUGCAGAGAGGAGGGUGCGUUUCUGCGCGGCUGUGUACCACCACCUCUGUGCUGUGAGGAUCCAGAGAGCUCUGAGGUCACACUGGGCUCUGCAGUCUGCCAAGACACAGAUCACCUCUGUCAUAUUUAUACAGAGGUGGCUGAGAGCACGGCUCCAGAGGCGGCGAUACGUGGAGGACAGGAGGAGGGUGGUUGUGGCCCAGAGGGCAGCCAGGAGUUGGUUAGCUCGCCGCCAUCAUGCUGCCUCCACCAUCCAGCACGCCGCCAGGACCUUCCUCCUCCGUAGGCGGGAGCAGAGGGUUCAGCAGGGCAUCAUCAAGGCACAGGCGUUGUGGCGAGGCCACCAGUCCAGAAAGCUCCAUGACAAUCGUAAAGUGGUGUCCAUGAGGCAUCGUCUGCGGAAGGUGUCUGAGGAGGUACGAGAGGAGGACCGGCUGUGUAACAAGACGUCCUGGGCCAUCGAAUACCUCCUCAAAUACAAGCACUUCUCCUAUAUCCUGGAGGCUCUGAAGAAUCUGGAGACCGCCACUAGGCUGUCCCCAGAGUGCUGUGAGCGUCUGGUGACGAGCGGAGCCACGCUGGUCAUCUUCACGCUGAUCCGCAGCUGCAACCGGAGCGUCCCCUCUAUGGAGGUCAUUACCUACGCCAUCCAGGUGCUCCUCAACCUCUCCAAGUAUGACAAGACAAUCGAGGCGGUUUAUGCGGUGGAGAACUCUGUGGACACACUGCUGGACUUGCUCCAGAUAUACAGGGAGAAGGCCGGAGACAAGGUGGCCGACAAAGGAGGCAGCAUCUUCACCAAGGCCUGCUUCCUCCUGAUCAUCCUGCUGCAGGACCAGUCCAGGGCUCUGGAAGUGAGGAAGCUUUCCAAGGCAGUUGACCGGCUACGCAGCAUCUACCGCCUCACUGCACGCAAACACAAGAUGGAUGCCGAGAGGACAGUGGUCAAGCAGAAGAUGGGCGCAUCCAUAAAUGGAAGCUUCAUCGUCCCGGCAACCCCCCGCAAAUCCAAGCCCGUGCCUAAAUUCUCCCCUGACUGGGUUCUCAGAAGGGACAAACUUCAAGACAUUGUUGACCCUCUCCGAGCUGUACAGAUGGUGGCCGACGUCUUCUCCAUUGUGCUUUAAAUAUACUUCAUGAAAUAUUUUCUUUAGCUUUUUCCAUAGACAUUUUUUUUGUAUAGUGGUUUAUUAAAUGAUACGCAUAUAAUAAUUGUAUUUUUUUUUUUUUUUUUUUUUAAGUACUCCAUACUGAUGUCUUUUUUUUUUUUUGCUUGUUAAUGUUUUGAUUAUAUCUAGAAAAAGCUCCAUGAGUUGUCUUUGAUAACAUCAUUUGAUUCAACAAGAAGACAUGAUGCAAGGUGUAUACACUGAUAGUUGGUGGCCACACGGUGGAAGCAUUUAACCUGUAGGUUAAGGGAUUGAAUAAGGGUGAAUUAAAAAACAUGUAGACCUAUUACUAUUAUCCCAUGUUAAUGAUCCAAAAAACUCUGGGAGAAAGACACUAGAAGUCUCCUGAUAAUGAGUGAGUAACGUGGCGUUUUAACUGUCUAGAUAGGUGUGUGAAGCAUCUGGUAAUAGAAAGAUGUGAUUUAGAUCUAAUUUGCAUAUGCCAAACAGAAAAUAUACCGGAGCGAUUCUUGAAUCCAUUCUGUACAUAUUUACUUUGACUGUUUACUGCUGUAAAUAAAACAUCUGAUUUCACCUGAAA